AUGUCAUAUGCUCCUGCAACAUUGAAACAGUCUCCAAGCGAGACAGUAGACAAAAAACGUGCAGGCACAGGAGCAGUAAUGAAUCGCAAGCUGAAACUUGCACGCCACUCAACAGACUCUGCUCAAUUAAGUUAUCCAAGAGCAUCAACAACUCUUGAUGCUAUGCAUGUGACCGAUCAUGUAAUUGAACGGGUAUAUGGUUGCAAUUAUUGCCAUAAGAAGUUUUCCACAAAACAAGCAUUAGGUGGGCACCAAAAUGCCCACACAGUUGAGCGAGUCAUAGAAAGAAAUGCACGAGAAGGGCUCGAGACUAAUUUCCGACAUGUAGGGGGUCCCUCCUAUCGCGGCAUGAUACAUCUCCUCUUUAAGGGUUCUUUCAACAGAGGUCCAGAAAUUUUUAAACAGUCUAUGGCAAAUAGGUCGUAUAAUCCUCAAUCCAUGCAGUAUGGAAUUCUUGUCAACAGCCAUCCAAAUUUCAAUCUAUCAAUGACUCAAGAGUCUCAUGCCCCUGAACCCCUUCAAGGGUUUACCCAUGGUUACCCCAUAUGGUUAAAUCCCCACUUGACAGAUUCCCAAUUUAUUGCACCCUUGCCAGGAAUGGAAAAUCACCCACAAAAUUUUUUGAAUUCAACAUUUGGAACAACCAGUUCCAAUGCAGGGACAAUGUUGGGCAUGUAUACAGGUCUCUCAACUGCUUGUUCUUCGCAAUGCAUCCACGACACAAAUGCCAGAGCUGAGACUAACAGUCAAAUCCCUGGUUCAACUAAACAGCAAUGUCAAGACUUGGAGUUAGAUUUAUCACUGAAGCUCUGA